AUUUUAUUAUACCAACAGUAUGAGAUCAAGAUUGCUGAAUUAAUUAUCUACAUAAUUUCCAAGGUCAGUCUCUAAUCUUUCUCUUUUUCAUUGGAUUAUCUGGGUAAAAAAAAUUAAAAAAAAAUUACAGCUUUCCACUUCGUACGCGUUGCUUACCAAACAAAGCUAGCACAUCACACCAGUACAUAAAACAGAGAAAUUUGUUGUUUGCUUUUGGAUAAAGCGAUUCUAAUGGUGAGAGUUACAAUAACAACAAUAUAUGCCAACCUCUUCUAGAGCAAAGGUAAAAAAUGACUUCUUUCAAACUCUACUUGUUCUUCUCCUUCCUCUUCUUCUUUCUUCAGCCAUCAAAAGGCUAUGAAAUAUGCCGAACCAGAUGCGGACCGGUGCCGAUUCGCUUCCCUUUUCAGAUUAUCAGUAGCCUACCUGAGAACCGCUGUGGCUAUCCGGGCUUCACUGUCUUAUGCGAAAACGAAACCCAAAACAUCCUAACAUUUCCAUCCGGUGAAUUCAGAAUCGAAUCCAUCGACUAUUUAUGGCAACUUAUUAGCAUAAGUGAUCCAAGUAACUGCACCGCCAAACGUCUUCUUCAGGGAUUUGAUUACUUGAACACUCCUUUUCAGCCACUUUACGCUCGAAACUUCACGUUUCUCAACUGCACAUCCGAUCCACUGAUUUUCCUAAGUACCGGAGUAUCACCAAUUCCUUGUCUUAGUAGCGAAAGUUAUUCCGUUGUGGCUUUACCGAAUGAUCGUUACAAUGUCUCCAAUAUAUUGAGUUGUUCGGAGAUAGCAACGUUUUUAUACCCGAGUUUGCGGGCUGAUGAUUCUUCUGACUCUUGGUGAUUUUAUCACCUUAACAUGGAAAAAACCAGAUUGCCAAUCGUGUGAAAGCGUUGCAGGGAUUUGCCAGUUCAAGGCUACUAUGAGUUUGGAUAUGGGAUGCUUCGAUCCUUUUGAUCAUCGAUUUCUAUCAA